AUGCUCCUUUUGGCAGUUGUUGGUCUGAUUUGUCUUGUUCAGGAUGUGGUGGGAGGGGGUCAGCGGGCCGCCCAUACUAUGUUUGACAAGGCCAAAUACAGCGGAAAUGGCGAAACAAGAUAUUUCUGGAGAAACGAGGCCCAAAACACAUUACAAAAUUCUCUAAAGAAUCAACCCAUCGUUGGGGUGGCCAAAAACGUUAUCAUGUUUCUGGGAGAUGGCAUGGGCGUGUCAACAGUUACAGCAGGUCGUAUUCUGAAAGGACAGCUACAGAACAAGACUGGGGAGGAAACAGUGCUAUCAUGGGAGAGAUUCCCCAACGUAGCCCUCUCCAAGACUUACAACCAAGAUCACCAGACCCCAGACUCUGCAGGGACAGCCACCGCCUAUCUAUGUGGGGUGAAGUCUAACAUGGGAACCAUAGGUGUUGAUGCACAGAUCGUCAGAGGACACUGUGAUACUACACAGGCUGCAAAAAUCACGUCCAUUCUGGACUGGUCACUUGCACAAGGCAAAUCUGUUGGCGUUGUAACAACUACCAGAGUAACCCAUGCCACUCCAGCGGGAACGUACGCAAACGUGGCGGACAGGAACUGGGAAGGUGACGCAGAAAUGACGCACGUGACAGGCGGGUGUAAAGACAUCGCUCGACAAUUAGUGGAGGAUAAUCCAGACAUACAAGUAAUCAUGGGAGGCGGAAGAAGGUUCUUUCUUCCAGCGGAUGCAACAGAUCCAGAACGAGGCGCGAACACAGCGCAUGGAAGAAAGGAUGGUAAAAAUCUAAUUGAGGACUGGAUGAAUGACAAGAAACGAAGACAUAAAACAUUCAGAUACGUCUGGAACGAGACUGACUUCAACUCAGUUGAUCCUGCACAGACAGAUUUUCUUUUGGGUUUAUUUGAGUCAAGCCACAUGAACUUCGAAAUUGAUCGAACCGAUCCGCAUUACGAAAAAGCUGGAGAACCCCACAUCAAAGACAUGACUGAGAAAGCCAUUCAAAUCCUAUCCAAGAACCCAAAGGGGUAUUUCCUACUGGUAGAAGGCGGGAAAAUUGAUCUUGCUCAUCAUGGCAGCGAGCCUGUAAGAUCCCUCCAUGACGUGGUAGCUAUGGACCUAGCCGUUGAAAAGGCCAACUCCAUUACAAAUGAAAAAGACACACUUAUUGUUGUUACUGCCGACCAUUCUCACACGUUUGUCAUCUCUGGAUAUCCUGUUCGAGGGAAUGGAAUAUUUGAUUUGAUGUCAUCAAGACCUGGUUACAUCUCACUGGCCCGUGAUCAUAACCCGUACACUACCCUGUUGUAUGGCAACGGCCCAGGGGCGCACUCUCACCGCCCAGAUUUACGACACGUUGACACAACCAGUAAACACUACGUAUACCAAUCAGCAAUUCCGCUGUCAACAGAAACGCAUGGGGGUGAAGACGUCGCCAUAUUCGCUAGAGGACCGAUGGCGCAUCUCCUUCUAGGAGUGCGCGAACAGAACUACAUACCUCACGUGAUGGCGUACGCUUCCUGUGUUGGUGAUUACCAUGCAACAAGUCAAUGCGCAGCGAGUGCUGGUCAGCACAGUACAGCAACCUCAAAUAUAUUUGGUUAAGAGCAACAGACGCAAAUCGUGUCAUGGUCACCGCCAUUCCAUCUAUAAUGAUGUUCAACUCAGCAAGAGA